UCCGCACGGUGCCACAUCAGAACAGUGUGUCCCGCUCACCGGCGGAUUAUGAAGGCUUCACCGGUUUAACCUCAAUCGGUUUUAGAGGAAUCGCAGGGGAAAGGGCUAUUGUUUCAGUAGAUGAUUAUGUAGAAGUCAUGAUACUUGCACCGCAAAGACUGAACUCACAGCGGGGGUCUGAUCGCUGAAAAACAGCCGACUCAUUUAUUCACAGAUGACAGCGAGCGCUUGUUUAUUACUGUGCUGAUCGUGUCGUUCGAGAUUAAUCGUUAUCAUUUUACACACGUUGAAUAGGCUAAGCUGUAGUUUUGAUGGCCGUGUCAGGAGGCGCCCGGCGGAUCCCGAUGGGUGUGCGGACAUUCAGUGAGUUUCUGGAGAUAGCGACGGUCGGUCCGUGUCGCUCCAGCAGCCCGUAUAAAUGCAGAGAGAGAAUACAGCACUGGCCCAUCAGACACCUGUCCUCCUGCGGGAUCUUGAUGACCCGUCAUCCUCGCGCGCUCUGUCUCACUGAAGUGGGUUUGACUCCCACUCAUCACAGGAGAUCUUUCAUCAGCCUCACCAAUAAGAGAAAAGAGUAUUCAGAGAGGAGAAUACUAGGGUACUCAAUGCAAGAGAUGUAUGAUGUGGUAGCCAAUGUGGAUGACUACAAACACUUUGUACCGUGGUGUAAAAAGUCCCAAACCAUCAUGAAAAGGGCCGGUCAUGCCAAAGCUCAGCUGGAAGUGGGCUUCUCUCCUGUUGUUGAGCGAUACACUUCAAUGAUAAGCCACGUCCGUCCACAUCUGGUCAAAGCAGUGUGUUCGGACGGUAAACUCUUCAAUCAUUUAGAGACAAUAUGGCGGUUUAGCCCCGGUAUUCCUGGCUAUCCUCGCACAUGCACUGUAGACUUCUCUAUCUCGUUCGAGUUCCGCUCAUUGCUGCAUUCGCAGUUAGCGACGGUGUUUUUCGACGAGGUGGUGAAGCAGAUGGUGGCCGCGUUUGAGCGGCGAGCGGGCAAACUCUACGGACCCGAGACGAGAAUACCCCGCGAGCUCAUGUUUCACGAGGUCCAUCAAACGUGAGAUGCACCUUCAUACUGGACUCAUAGAACUCUUUAGACCGUUAUCACAUGACAAAUCAGAUCACUAGAUUACUUUGGGAUGGUACGAGAGAUACCAUUUACUUUUAGAAAAAGAUUUCAGUUCAUCUGAGGUACUGUACCUUUAAAACAUUUUUUUUUUUUUUUUUUUUUU